AUGUCGGAUGAGCAAGACCCAGUGGAGCAGUUCAUGGUGUUGGACCAGUGGCCUUUUAUGCCUUUCAACGGGGACGGCGAGGACGACGUUACGGGGGGGUCUGAGUUGGAUGGGUCUUCGUCCCCUUCUUCUUCGUCGUCGCAGGUGGGCGGCGAGUUGCUGAUGAUGGGGUUCGUGAUCGUCAACAUUGUGGGCCUCCAGUACUAUUCUGGAACGAUCAACGGCCGGGAACUCGUGAGCCUGGUCCGCGACCCGCUCAACACUCAUGACCCGAAUGCUAUCAAGGUCCUCAACACUCGCUCCGCCCAGGUCGGCUACAUCGAGCGCCCCGCCGCUCAAGUCUUCGCCCCUCUCAUUGAUUCCAGCCUAAUCACCGCCGAAGGUAUUGUGCCGAAGGUUUCUCGUCAUGGGAACCGAUACAAGAUUCCCUGCCAAGUUCAUAUCUUUGCAAGAAUAGCGGCGUUUGAGAGUGUGAAAUCUGCGCUUUUGGAUGGUGGGUUGAACUUGAUAUCAGAAGGGAGUGCUGCUUUUGCAUUAUCAGAGGCUGCAGUGGUGAAAGACCAAGUAGUUGCUGGCGACAGUAACAGCGUUGAUGCGAUUUUUAAACUGUUGGAUGAGAAAAUCCUUAAGAAGGAAGCGCUGGGGACGUUGGAACCGCCACGUAGUGUUGUAACGUCGGAGCUUCUUUCGCACCAGAAGGAAGGUUUAUGGUGGUUGGUUCAGCAGGAGAAUGCUCAUGAAUUGCCUCCUUUCUGGAUGGAAAAAGAGGGUGUUUUUGUCAAUGCAUUGACAAAUUACUCGACUGAAAAGCGGCCGGAUCCUAUUCGUGGUGGCAUUUUUGCAGAUGAUAUGGGUUUGGGCAAAACUCUCACCCUUCUUUCAUUGAUUUCGUUUGAUAAAUGUGCUAGUGUUGUUCCUGUUGAGAAUGCAAAAGUCGAGGAACGUGAUGAUAUAGAUGAAAGGGAGCUUAUGGAUGGUAUACUUGCUGCUUCUAUUGGUAGAAACUCUAAGAGAGGAAGAGGUAGUACGAGGGCUAAUAAUUCCCGAAAGAAGCUAAAAUCUGAAGGUGCUCGAACCAAAGAAAUGAAGGGUGAGCCGGUAUGUGACAGGGUCUCUGGUUCUUCAAAUACGAGAACAACUCUGGUGGUUUGUCCACCGGCAAUUUUUUCAGUUUGGAUUACACAGUUAGAAGAGCACACUAGACCGGGUUCUCUGAAGGUUUACAUGUAUUAUGGCAGGCAGCGAACUACAGAUGCCAAUGUGCUUCAAAAGUACGAUAUAGUUUUGACUACCUAUAGUAUUUUGGCUAAUGAAGAGCAGUUGUUGGAGUCACCAAUAAAGAAGAUGGAAUGGUGGCGAGUUAUUCUUGAUGAGGCGCAUAUCAUUAAGAAUGUAAAUGCUCAACAAAGCCGGGCAGUUAACAAUCUAAACACCAAACGAAGGUGGGUGGUGACAGGAACCCCAUUACAGAAUAAUUCAAUGGAUUUGUAUUCCUUAAUGGCAUUUCUGAGGGUAGAGCCCCUGUCAAUAAAAGGCUAUUGGCAGAGUUUGAUACAGCGUCCACUUGUUCAAGGAGAUGAGAACGGGAUUAUGCGGCUACAGGUUUUAAUGGAAACCAUGUCCUUGAGAAGAACAAAAGAAAAAACCCUGGUGGACUUGCCAUCGAAAACUCUAGAGACCGUUUAUGUUGAACUCUCCGGGGAAGAACGUGAAAUUUAUGACCACAUGGAAUUGAGAGCUAAGGCAAUCGUUACAGAGUUUAUCUAUGCCGAAGGUUCAUUGAAGAGUUAUUUGACUGUACUGAGUGCACUUGUGCGGCUUCGACAAAUCUGUACUGAUGUAGCCAUGUGCCCGCCUAAUCUUGGAGAUAUACUUCCAGUGAAUAAAAUUGGAGAUGUGAACAGCAACCCGAAACUGUUGGAUAAGAUGCUUAUGGCACUACAGGAUGACGAUGGUAUUGACUGCCCGGUUUGCAUUUCUCCACCGAAGAACACUGUUAUUACGAGCUGUGGCCACAUCUUUUGCAAAAUAUGCAUCCUGAAGACGAUGCAGCAUAUGAAAUCCUGCUGCCCGAUGUGUCGCCAUCCGCUCACGGAGGCCGAUCUUUUCUUCGCCCCGUCAGAGACUUCUGAUUCAGUGACUGAUGGAAACCGCUCUUCUUCAGCUCCGUCGUCUAAAGUCACUGCCCUUCUUAAGCACCUGUCUGCAGUGCGGGACGAAAGCCCGACAACGAAAUCAGUCGUGUUCUCGCAGUUCCGCACUAUGCUGCUUUUGCUCGAAGCGCCACUGAAAGCAGCUGGUUUCAAGACGCUGCGCCUAGAUGGCACAAUGAGCGCGGGCCAACGCGCUCAAGUGAUCAAGGAGUUUGGUGUCCCGUGCCCCGAUGGACCUACCAUCUUACUUGCGAGCCUGAGAGCUUCGGGGGCCGGGAUAAACCUCACCAUGGCCUCCAGGGUGUACCUGUUCGAGCCGUGGUGGAACCCUGCUGUCGAGGAACAGGCCAUGGACCGCGUCCACAGGAUUGGGCAGACGGAGGAGGUGAAGAUUGUGCGGAUGAUCGCACACAACACCAUCGAGGAGAGGAUUCUGCAGCUGCAGGAGAAGAAGAAACUGUUCGCCAGCAAAAUCUUCGGGAAGAAAAACUCGCGGGAUCAGAGGGACGUUAGCGUAGACGACCUGCGCACCUUGAUGCACUUGUGAGUUGUUCUUACUCUUUUUGACAUUAGAUACAUGUAUAUGUGCAUAUCGCGAAUGUUCCCUCAAAAAUGGUAUAUUCUGCCCAACUAAUUUUUGCUUCUUCUUCAUAAAUCUUAGCUCUGCAUAUCUUCUUCUGAUGCAAGAAAGCAUGUCAUAUCUGUUUAUUACUUCAUACUGGUUCUGGGUAGGCUCUGUAUAAUUUAAACAUUUUGUUUUGAGCAAUUCUUCAAAGUAUUGUGAA